AGACUCACAUUGAACAUGAUUCAUUUGGAUCUAAUUGAUCACGAGGAUCAACACGUGCAUUCGUGACUCCAGCGGUGACGUCAUGGCGCAGGAAUGCAGGUGUGAGGUUUUAAGCGUCGAGCAUCAGGUCACGCGACUCUUCGACCGGGAAGCUUCUCAGACACGACGAGCGACGCCGUCGACAUGUUCAGCAACAUCGACCCCAACAAACCCACACACCCCUGUGGCUACGACCUGGACUCCAGACCAGAGGACCAGGGGCCUCGCGGGGGCCGCGACCACGACCUCCGGUCCGGAGGCAAGUCUCGACUGUGGCCCCGCUGGGGGUCGCCGUGACGACGAUCGUCAUGGAGAGGACGGGGAAGACUGCCGCCAAGGGGGUCGCCGUGACGACGACCGCCGUGGAGAUGACGGUAAAGAUGGCUGUGGAGGAGGUCGCCGUGACGACGGCCGCCGUGGAGAUGACGGUAAAGACCGCCAUGGAGGAGGUCGCCGUGACGACGAUGGCAAAGACUGCAAAGGUGGGGGUCGCAACAGAGAUGACGGCGACAGGCAGAGGCGCAGCAGCCCCGAUUGCCAUGGAAACCGCAAACAAAGCCCCCGUCGUCGCGACAGCAGCAGCGGAAGUGGGAGCGGCAGCGGCAGCGACGACGGGCACGGUGGCAGACGCAGGAAACAUCGCGGGCACAAGAAAGAGCACGGUCACGGCCACGGUCAUGGUCGUGGUCACGGCCGUGGUCACGGUCAUGGCCGCGGCGGCCAUUGUUAAACACAGGACACACGGACUCGUCCCCCCUGUGACUCUCACCUGUAAUCUGCCCUCCCUGAAAUAAAGCAUCCUCACAAACGGACAAAUGGU